CACCGCUCUCCCGAUACCCCUCACCGACGCACACGUGAAACCCAAGAUGGCCGAUUUGGACCUCAAGGGCGCGCCGUGGACCGACGCCGAAGACGUCCAGCUCUCUGCUCUUCAGGCCAAGCACGGCAACCGCUGGGCCGCCGUCGCGGCCGAGAUGCCCGGCCGCACCGGCCAGCAGUGCGCACAAAGGUGGCGCCACAAGGUUAACCCCAACAUCCGCAAGGAUAAGUGGACAGAAGCCGAGGACCGCCAGCUCCAAGCGCUGGUGGACACCUACGGCCUUCGCUGGGCCGACAUCUCCCGCCGCAUGGAGGGGCGGACGGACCAGCAGUGCAUGGGCCGCUGGAGGCGCCACCUCGACCCCAGCGUCUCUCGCAAGCAGUGGUCCACCAAGGAGGACCGCAAGCUCGCCGAGCUCAGGGUCCGGCACGGCGCCAACUGGAGCGCCAUCGCCAAGACGAUGAAGAACCGCACCGCGCAGCAGUGCCGCGCGAGAUGGUUCCAGGCGCACUUCACCGGCCACCGCUACCUCGACGACUCCGGCGCACUCCUCUCCCCGAGGUCCGCGGACAAGGCUGAGCGAGAGGUUGAAGCGGCGAAAGCCGCCGCAGCCGCCGCGGGGAAGACGCUUCGCCCCAACGGCGUCAAGGCUGCGAACAACAACAACCUCAACAACAUCCUCAACAACAUCAAGCCUCUUCCCGAAGUCGACUCCGCGUCCGGGUCGCCCGAGGGACGGAAGAAGCGCCGACGCGACUCGAGCGGAUCCUCGCAGGAUGAAAAGCUGCAGCGCCGCAACUCCGGGCACCUCCGCCGGGACGGCUCUGGCCGGUUCAUCCCCCGCGAGGAUUCCCUUCCCCAUCCCUUCGUCACCCCGCCUCCCACCACACCGGGCGUCGACGAUUCGGUCGGACUCGACGUUUCCACGGUCCCGCCGCCCAUCCGCGUGAAGCCCGCGGGUCUUCACAGGGACCCGAGCCUGGGCCUCGGCCGUCAGGUGAGUUUGCCGCCGGACAUCGCCACGCUGCUCAGAGGGGAGGCGCAAGACACGGGACGCGCCGCCGAGCCCCUCGCGCAGUUCAACAGCGGAGACUGGGGCGCGCUCCUGACUGGUGAGCUGGGCAGCGUGACCGCGGUGUUGGACCAGCUGGGAGAGGCUGAGAUGCUCGGGGGCAGGGAGAGCAUCGGCAAGCUGGAGUCGUUUGGGUCGUUGCAGAUGCUCACCAGGCAACGGAGCGGAAACAUGCUGACGAGGAUGGGGUCGUGCAACGACAGCUUCGCGCAGCUCAUCACGCCCGAGCUGGUGAAAUGAUGACGAGCGGGGCGAUAUAUCCAUUGACCAGGGGUGGGUGUAGAUAAGGGUAUCACAUACGGGGCACACACGUGCAGUACAUUAACACUGGGGACCGCUUUUGAAGCCCCAGCGACAGCCGAGGACCAUAAGGUUAUCAUAUGCUUAAAGACCAGCGCCUUCGACGACUUUGUAAGACUAAUCGAUUGGAUUCAACUUUAUCUGGCUAGUAGCUAAACGGAAAUUCCUUGUCGUUGCUCGCCUUUCCCUGCAGCUCCCGCGAGUACGCGGCGACCCCCAUGUCCUCCACCCUGGCGCUCGCCGCGCGCGCCGCCAACAGCACCGAGCUGUUUCGCUUUUUCUUCUCCCUCGUCUUCACCGCCGCGUCUCCUCCUUUACCUUCCAGUUCGGAUUCAUCGAGGUCGAUGCCGCGGUCCACAGCCGCGGCGGCGGCGGCGAAUAGGCCCGAUGCCGCAGCCAUCGCGGGGGCUGCGCGCCGCUCGGGUUCCUUCCUCCCCUCCUCCUCGGGCGGCAUGGUGGCCGGGAUGUAGUCGUCCAGCGAGAGCCCCGCCAUGGUUGAGAAGCUCCGCCCCGGGAGGACCGAGAUGGCCGCCGUCGCCGACGUCACCCCCGUGUGCACCACCUGGUUCACGUCACCGGUCACCCUCACCACGCACGCCUUCUUGCACAUCCCCAUGCACUUACGCCCCGGCGUGAGCGUCCAACCCGGCGGCAUGUUCCCCCGCAACGCGUUCAUGACGUCGGACGCUAAACCGUUCCUCGCGCACGCCUUCCCCGCGCACACUUCCACCGUGGCGGUGAUGUCGCAGGCGGGUCCGGAGACGUGCGUGGUGGCCUGGGUGUCCUCGAGCCACGGGGGCCACGCGGUGGUGGGUGGGGGCGCGCGGACACCCGCCGCGGUGGCGGGGUCCGACAUUGGCGGGAGAAAGUCGCCCUCGCCGUCGUCAUCCUCGGACUCGUCGAUGAAGGUGAUCGAGCAGUACGGGGACGGGACGCAGUCGGGUUCCUCCGCCGGAUCGCACUCGUCCUCGCAUCCGUCCCGCGUGAUGGCUAUCGACGACGCAUCGCCCGCGUCGUCCUUCGCGAGCCACGAGUCGUACGUCUUCCCGGGCACCGCCUUUUUCGAUCUCGUCUUCUUCGCCUUGCGCGGCGGGUCCAUCGUCGGCUGGUUCCCUCCCGCCAUCGCGGACGCCGCAUCGAACAUGGACGCGAACGGCGAGUUUGGCUCCGGGGUGGAUCGCCACUGCGGCCAUCCGUCGCCCUUGUCCUCGCCCGCCUUGGCAGCCACGCGGCUGUUAAAACGCCGGUGGCACACGCCACCGUCGGAUGGGGCACACGCCCGCCGUCCCCCUCGACGCUCGGGCGCGACCGCCACGCGCGAUGCGACUCCGGAGACGGAAGCGCGGAGUACGGCGGCGU